AUGUCAUUCAGAAAUAAUAAUAUUAAAAUUAAUAAUUAUGAAGAAAAUCGUCGUCGACGCCAAAGACGACGAAUUACAAUGCAAAAGAAAGACUAUGAAGAGUUGGAAAGAAAAGAAACUGACUCUCAUAGAUCUUCUGGCUUCGAAACGAUCGGGGAUCGUGUUCGACAACGUAGAGAAGCCAGUGAAAAUCGUUUAAUUAACGAUUUUCUUCGAGAGAGGGAGACUGGACGUCUUGACUUAGAAAAAUAUCGUCAAAGACGUGAAGAAGCUAUUGCCUCUCUUGAAAGAAAAAGAAGAAAUACCCGCACUAUUGGAGAGUACGGAACUACUUCUAUUAUUGGUGGUACUGCUGAUAAUAGAGUAGUUAGCGGAGCUAGUGUUGGUACUACUUCUUUAAUAGAAGAUCCCCAAUUAGACUCCUCUUUUGUCCCUCCUCAAAAUGCCCCCUCUGACCCCUCUCAAGAAACCCCUUAUGCCCCACCUAUUAUAGCCCAACCAGCGGAUGAUACAUUAUCUGAUGCAGAGGUUCAAGCUAUUCUAGAGGAAAUACUCAAUGAAGAGGAAUAUGUUACAUUAGAUUUCCUCACUCUAGAUAGAAUAGAACCUACAGAAAAUGAAUUGCAUCUAAUCCGUCUGGCAAGAGAAAAUAAUACUGAUGAAGAAAUAGAAUUCAGUAUUAUUAGAAGAAGAGAUUUUGGGCUAGAAUAUACUGCGCAGGUAUGGGGU